AUGGAGAUAGUUUUGAUUGUUCUAGGCUGUGCUGCUUUGGCACAAAGUGUUCCUAUUGGUGAUGGAAAUUCAACGGAAGCUGAAGCUAAGGAUCUCUGGAGUCAGUACAGUAUUGAUCUGAGCUUCCUGGGACCAGGAAUUUUUGGUGUACCCAAUGAGAAUAUUGGGAAAGUGGUGGAGAAUUUGGCUAAUUUUCGUGGGAAUCCCGAGGAGCAGGGAUCCUACCUUGAGGGAGAUUUGCUGAUUCCUCUGUCGAGAGCGAGGAAUGGACUUGUGGCUAAGGCAACUCGAUGGCCAAAUGGAGUAGUUCCCUACGAAAUCCAAGGAUCAUUCAGUGCUAGCGAUAUGAGUAUGAUUGAGAAGGCAAUCAAGAUGUUCCAUGCUCAUACGUGCAUUCGUUUUGUGCCCCAUACCAAUGAAGCGGACUACAUUAAGCUGGUAAGUGGCCGUUCAGGAUGCUGGUCCAGUGUGGGCAGAAUUGGAGGUCCGCAGGAUGUGAAUCUUCAAUCUCCAGGGUGCCUGAAUCAAGUUGGAGUACCAAUUCAUGAACUUUUGCAUGUUCUGGGCUUCCUGCAUGAGCAAAACCGCUCAGACCGGGACAAGAGUGUCUACAUCAAAUGGCAGAACAUCAAACCAGGCACAGCAGAAAACUUCCACAAGGCCUCAGCAGGAACCACGAACAACUUUGGUGUCCAUUACGAUUACAACAGUGUUCUGCACUACUCAGCCUAUGCUUUCUCAGUCAAUGGACAGCCUACAAUUGUGGCCAAGACUAGGACAUCAGCAAACAUGGGACAGAGAAGGGGAUUCUCCCUGGGAGAUCUCAAGAAGGUCAAUGCGAUGUACGGGUGUGACACAAGCCAGAAAGGCCCCCUAGUAAGACCUACUCGGAAAUCAAAGCCUCAAUCAAAGCCUCAGGAUCAGCCUCAAGGGAACUUCCUGGAAAAUGUGGUUUCGGGAAUUUCGAAUUUUUUCAAACCCUAA